ACACCUGAGGAAAGCCGCUCCUUUCUCAGUACACUCCAGGCACGAGGCAGACGAAUAGAGUUAAACCUCUAAUGUCUUUAAUAUUUAGCAGCACCUGCUACAUUGAUUUUGGCUUUGUUUAGAAGGAUUUGGGAGGUUAGGGAGUUAACUUGUUUUUUUGUUUUGUUUUGUUUUGUUCUUAGUGGGUUUCAAUAUUUCAUUGCUGUUGUUUAUUAUUUUUAACUUUCAAACUUGUAACUCGGCUGCAGCACUGUGGGAUUUUAAUAUUUUGGUGACCGGCAUACCCGAUGAAGAUGUGGUCUAUGAGAGUCAUCAUCCUCCUCCUGUUCUGCUAUUCUUGCCUGUCGACUGACAAUCGGAAUCAGAAAGUAUAUUUUGACUCCAGGAACUUCAACAACGUUCUCCGCUGGGUUCCAGUUGAGCCAGCCUUCCCUGGCCAAAAGGUCCUCUAUAGUGUCAAGUACUGGAGUGAUGCCAAAGAAGACCAACCAUAUCAGAUGAAAGUGGAUUGUCAGAACAUAACUGCCCUGUCCUGUGACCUGACUGCCGAGACCCCAUCAGUUUAUGAUGUUCACUACCGGGCUCAGGUCUAUGUUAACGGCAGUGUUCAUGGUCGCACCACCAGUUUUAAACCUCUAGCACACACUAAACUUGGUCCACCAAGCCUUUCCAUUUAUACAACGGCGUCAUCCUUGCAUGUUAAAGUCUCCCUGCCCUCGGGACCCAAUGGAGUCUCCGUCGCAGACAUCAUCACCAGAAACAAAAUAGGGCCAUCUGAGAGUUUUAUUGUUUAUGUCAUAAACAUCACCAGUCCAAAGUGGGCUGCAAAGGUCAAUCAAUCCAAAACUGGACGCUUCGUCAUCAACUUGAAGAACAACCACACAAAGUACUGUGGCUAUGUAGUCUACAUGCCUUCUGCAGAAUGGGGUCGCUCAAAGAGUGAAAAGGCCCUCUUCUGUGACAAACUGCAAAGUAAUCAUCGGAAGAUUUUGCCAUGGUUGCUUGUGAGUGCUGCUCUUCUACUAGCUGUGGUCAUCAUUUCCAUUGUGUCUAUUUGCUACUACAUGAGGGGUGGAAAGGAAAAGAAAAUGCCAAAGCCAUUGGUGACCCCUUUUAACCCCGGACAUAGAGUAAUGGACAUUCUAGAUGGGAAUCGCCACAUUUCUAAAGUAGACUUCAACAGUCAAGGUGAACCAACAGUUUAUGCAACCAUACAAGUGAAGCCAAAUGUGUCAGCAGUUGAAGCAGGAGGUUAUUCACCCCAAGACACCUGGCAAGGCAGUGACAACUCCUCUGAGGGCACAGGUGCACAAAGUUCAACUUCAAAUCAAGAGGACACAAGUGCCCAGUCCUCAGAAAUUUACAGUGUUGUGGCAGUCCAUGUCCCUGCUGAAGAGAAUCAAGAUGGUCAGCAGGGUGCCACUAAAGAAAGACAAACUGGGAACUUACCAUUUCCCUCCAGCAGAGAAGACUGGGAAAAAGGUGGAAAUGAUCCAGAGCUUACCACACAUGGAGUACCGAUACCUGAGCUGGACUCCAUUGAGAGCAAUGCAGCCAUGCCACUGCUGUUGCGUACAGUUCGGGAUUCAAACGGACAACUAAUAUUGCCUUCUCUCACUUUCCAGAGCACCACUGCUGGCGGGGAAAUAAAACCCCUUUUAUCUGACCUCAUAGACGCCAAUAAAGAGGGGCCAUCGUUGGCUUCCUUUCAGAGCUUCGACAGCUCAGAGUGGUCUGACUCAGGGUGUGGUGAUAGCACUGUAAACACACCAACCCAUCCGUACUGUAACACCAAUUACUGCCCAUCUCAGCCAGUUGUUUCUUACUUGCAACAGGGAUGUCAGAACACACCAUCUGGUGAUGCAACAUUUGAAUCAGGUUACAAACAAAACUGGAUGCCAACAACCCUUCUUGGGAUUUUAUCCAAAGACAGUUGUGGAUACAGAAGGACGGAGAAGCUUUGGCCAUGGGCUGGUUCUAAAACGGAGGAGGAAGAGAGAGAAGAUGAGGAAAUUCAUCUUGGGGCUUGGGGAAUACGAAUUCAAGAAUAACUUACAUUUUAUGACCUUUAACAUGCUUUCAUUCAACUGGGUCCUCAAGUGAGAAUAUGAAUGUUUCAUUGCAGAAACUUUUUCAAAGCAGCUGGUUUGGUGACACUAUAGAUCUCCUGCAGAUUAAUGACUUUUCUGUCUGCUAGGUGACUGAAGAUGCAGAGACAACUGUUAAAACUGUCUUUUAACCUGAGAAUUGAUUUUCUAUGUCUUACAUGUAAUUUAACAAUUACAUCAAGAGCUUUGAGCUUAUUUAACUCAAAAUGGGAUGUACUUGGCUUAGCUGAAAAUGUUGUUUUAUUUAUAAACCCACCGUUGAAUAGUGUCAGUGAUGAAGUGGUAUAUGGUGUGUAUCCACUUAUUUUUCAGUCUUCAUUGCGUAUACCCACUUCUCAAUUCCUCCUGAUGUGUGUUCCAUAUUUUUCCAUAGUUGUCUAAGGCAUGACCAGCCCAACUCUGUCUCCAAUUGGCUAUCCCUAUUUGUAGCAUUUAUUGGUUGGUUGGGUAAGAAUAUCAUGGUAAGCCGAUCAAAGGCAGAGUAGUGCAUGCCAUACUUUUGUUGAAAAGAAACCCUUAAUUCAAGACAAUAACUAACCAGUAGAGUUGGGAGGCGUGACUCUACCUGAUUUGGUUGCUUUCAGCGGGCACGCACAACAUGGUAAAGAAAAUGUCACCUGUGGUCUACACGCCUGCCCUGUUAGAAAGCAAAUGGAAACCAAGGGUAGUCUGAGUCUAACCAUGCAACUGCACGGGUUUGAUAGCAAACUGGGAUGAGGCUUAUUAGGCACAGCUGCCUCUAUGAAAAUUCCAGGAUGUAAAGGCUGUCCCUGUCCUCUCUACUAGAUGAGCAUCUCAGCUAGAAUGUGUAGUUCAGCCUACGCUACACAUGCACUGUAGGAUUCAGACUGAAAGAGUGUAUUACUAAACGCCCAUCUUUUAAAUAUGCAAGAGAAUACACACUUAUCCCUGUUUAUAACAGAGGCCCUUCAUCUUUUGCUGGACAGGAAACUUGAAUAAAAUAAAAAACAUUUGGGGCAUAAUUAAGAGUAUAACCACUUCUCCAGGCACCACUACACCACUAAAAAAGGUUAAUAAUAAGUGGUGAUGAUUAGACUGUACUUUUAAAGAUAUAAUUUAAUGUAUAUGUUUUCAGUCCUUGUUUACAUUUCAUUAUUUAACUAAAAAAACACCUCUUUACAUUAAUAUUUAUUUAAAACUUUGCUUAAUUGUUAGAGGCUGAUUGCAAAGUCGGCAUCUUUUAUUACUUUUAUAAUUUCUUAUGGAUUUAAACAUUAAUGUCGUCCGUUUAUGGUUCUGAUAUUUUACAUUUGAUUGUAUUUUUUUAACUAGUACAUGCCAUUGAAAGUGUCAAACGUUACCUGAAAUCAAUGUGUUUUAUAUAUUGUAAUAAUAGUCUAAAGUUGUGUUAUGUUGUAACAUAAGCUGUUUGAACUUGGUUUGAUUUAUUUUAAACCUAUCUGAGACCUUAGAGUUUAGAGUUGAAUUUUACUUUUUUUUAAAAACUGCACAUAUGAAGCUUCAGGUAAAAAAAAUGCUUCUUGCUUACCCAAAAUGAAAAUGCAGUCAGCGUCAGCUUUAAGGAUUAGAUGGGAUUCUAUUUGAAAAUAAACUCAAUGACAUUGUGUCGAAACAAAGCUUUGGACGCAGCUCGGCACCUUUAACACAUUGUUUUUUUUACACACCAGGAUAAAAUGGCCGAUAAUAAAAAUUAAAAAAAAGGAACAUUCUUAUUUCCAUACUGUCUAAGAUAUCUUGGUGUUAUAUGUGUUGUAAGGAAUGCAUAUGAUUGACUGAAUAUGUACAUGAAAAAUAGCAGGAUGUUUAAUAUUUCUCUGAACCACAGGGGUCAUGAACUCAUUUGUUUGUCCUCAUCGUUUGCUGUUCUUACCAGGGGAAGAAACUAUACAGUGUGGAAAUAUAUAUUAGAAGGUGGGGUCAUGUUUCACCCUCAGCCACACUGAUAUAAGCCAGGUUUUUAAUAGCCUCAGGGCGACCUUUUAUGGUCGGUUGUAAAGUUAUAACGUCAGGUGUAUUGAAACAAAGCAAUGUGAAUGAUAUAUGGACACAUUGUAAAGCAUUAUGAAGAAGUGUUGUGUUCAUCUCUGUGGUUUACAAAGUGUCUGCAGAGUGAAUGUAAAUGGUAAUGUACAUAAUAAACUUUCAGAACUAUG